UACCCCCUCCCUCCCUCUCCCACACCCCAUUAAUUCCUCAAAGCUCAUUUCCUUCAUUUUCUGGUUUUGCAAUUUAGGAAGCUAAGGUAAGCUCUCUGCAGAUCUUUGUCUGUGUGAAAAUGGGCAGAAAGUGUUCAAAAUGUGGGAUCACAGGUCACAAUUCAAGAACGUGCACCACUGUCAAAGGUUGUAUUAUUAGUAACACUAAUAAUAAUGUUGUUGUUGGAGGAUUAAGGUUGUUUGGAGUUCAGCUUGAAAUCUCUUCUUCUUCUUCUCUAUGCUCUUCUCCUUCUUCUUCUUCAACCAACUCUUCUAUUGCAAUGAAGAAAAGUUUGAGCUUGGAUUGCCUCUCUUCUUCUCCUUCUUCAUCUCCCCACUCUUCCACGCUAGUUUCUGUUCAUGAAAACUGUGAAAUAAAAACAUCCAUUAAUGGAUAUCUCUCUGAUGGUCUCAUUGGCAAAGCUCAGGAGAAGAGGAAAGGAGUUCCAUGGACAGAAAAGGAGCACAGAAACUUCAUGAAUGGACUAGAAAAACUAGGAAAGGGAGAUUGGAGAGGAAUUUCAAGAAAGUUUGUAAGUACAAGGACUCCAACCCAAGUUGCUAGCCAUGCUCAAAAGUAUUUUCUUAGACUAGCAAGCCUCAACCACAAGAAGCGUCGUGCAAGCCUCUUUGACAUGGUAAGGAGCCAUAACCACAAAGCAAACCAUGAAGAUGAUCAAGAAAAUGUGCAUUCGUUGAUAGACCUCAAUUCAUUUGGAGAUGAUGAUCAAGAGAUGAGGGUGAUGAUGAUGACAACUAUUAAUGAUGAUGGUGAUCAAGUUAAAUGCAAGACUUCAUCAAAUCAUCACCAUUCUGCAGAGGCACUUGACUUGGGGCUGGCACUAGGUGCUCCAAAAGAUGUGGAUAAACCUAAGCCAUCUUCCACUUCCACGUUGUUGGGACCAAUUAGUGUUACUUGACUCAGUGUUCAUAUAUAUCAUCAUAAA